CCGCCAGCUGCUAGAAGAGAGGUUUGUGCUGGUUGGGAUGGAUGGGAUGGGAUCAAUCGAUGGGUCUAUCCCUAACCUAGACUGGUCUGAUGCAAAGGUUGUUUUCCUGGCGGUUGCUUUGGGACGGGGAGGGGCGCGGAGGUGGCACAGUGUAAGGGAUGUACAGUACAUGUACCUCGGUAGUCCGUUAUACUUCGUCGGGUAGGGUGGGGGGAAUCAAUAAGAAUUCCCCUGAAAAGAACCCACCCCCGCAGGUAUUUAACUUUUUCAACGGACCGCGCCCGCGACAGCCGCCCCACGUGAUCUCCCCGCACUCCGGUGUAACCCACUACUUCAUCCAUGAUUGCCUCUAGAAAGCCUAUUUCGAUGGUGGAUAGUUAGGAUGGAAGUCACAACCAUGUUAACUAGCCAGUAUGCCAGCCAGCACAAAAGAUCAAAAUACAUCAAUCUCCAUCAUUUUGGGUAAGAUUCCUUAUGAUGGUAUCCGGGUGCAUUGACCUGAAUAGCCACCUUUCAGAGCAUGUCAGAGGACUUUGGCUUUGAAAUUCACCUGUUGGGUGGCUCCGUGGGUGCCACCCAAAUGCUUCAAUCCCUUAUCCAGGUUGUGAGACUGGUUUGGUAGUGCUGUACCCGGUAUCUAGGUAUAUCUUCGGACACCGUGGAAGAUGAUUGACCUCCGGGUAUCCACUCGAUGUGCAAUGCAUCCUUGGGAACUCAUGGAAGUUGUUAACUAACUUCCAAUAUAAGUAUGUGCCAAUCUACUUUCCUCCCGCUCUAGUUUUAUUGCAAUUUCUUGUGGAGAAGCAUCUCGAGUCGUAUAUUUAUCUUCGUCUUGAAUUUGACUUUUGGCCGCGGAAAACAAAUCCUCAAAGCCAACAACACUUGGAAGUGAAAAAGGGAAAACUAGAGAAAAAGGGUUAAAAAAACAAAGAGAAAGAGAAAGCGGAGGAAGAUAAAACUUGAAAAAUGAAGACUACUCGCUCGCUCGCUCGUUUUAGUCUUCUCUAUUUUCUCUGUGCCGCAAUUGGGACAUUAGCAGCACCUGUCGACCCAGAACAGUUUCCACGUCUUCAAUCAUCAAUCGCACGACGGUCUGUGGAGUCAUUACUAUUUCGGAUUUAUGCAGAGACUCCCUACGGAUUCCCGCUUUAUGCGAGAGUUGACAAGCCUGUGCCUGGUGAACUGCGUGUGGCUAUGGAUCCAGACCCGUACCGAGCUACACCGGCCGAGAUUACUAAUGGCACAGUUGGUUUUAAACCCGGCGGCAAUGAGACUUUAUUCUUGUCAUGGGAGUCCAACCCGUAUACACCAUGUGCGGAUUUGGUGACUGAGUUUUGUUUUGUUUUGAAGCGUGAAUCAUGGAACAAAAAUGCUAACAAUCUUUUGAAUAUAAUAGCCGUUCUGUUCUCAACACUUUCCGGCACGGGUGGUAUAACAGGUGUGAACCGUGAUAAUAGUACGGGGUUGUUGACUUGGUCAGAAGCUACACAAAAUCCCGUCGGCUGGAUGAUUUGUCUUAUGGUCGAUGAAAUAUUCCGUUUAUGGUAUUCUGACGAUAUGUAUAUUGGUCCUCCUCUCGACUGCUUCUUUGUCUCUCUCUACGCAGAAAUUAUCGGAGAGAAGAGGCGCCGAUUCAGGUCCUGAGAAUCUGAAGACGAUAAGUCAAGUGAUCCAAAAGGAAGAAGAGAUGAAGAUGCUUAAAAACAGAAAUGAAGCGGAGGCGUGAGGGAAGUGAGAUGAUUAUUUAGCCUUGCUCGCACUUGAAUCUUUUCUUUUUAGGUAGAAAGUUCAGAAAAUAGUAGCAAGUUUUUUCUGCAGCAGUCUAUAGGGAGUCGUGACAAAUGUGACAAAUGGGUAUUUUAUACUAGCGUUACAAUGAGCACACAUUAAUGA